CACUCCAUGCUGCCCCGUCAUGUGCAGAGGCUGGGCAGAGACUGGAUCGCCCACUGGAAUGGUUCUCAGAUACUUGCCUUGAACAGCCCAGUUUCCAACUGUAUGAGAUGGGCUGGAUACUAUCCCUGGGCCUCCUUUCCACUUCCUGUUCCGGUUGAUUUCUCAGCAAACUGGAGACUCCCUCCGUUUUUUGGACCUUGGAGACAAUUUCAGAACUCUAAUUGGCAGCUUGAUACCUUCAUGCAGAGUUCUUGCUUUCACCUACCUAACCCCAGUAUGAAAUCUGAGGGAGAAGAACCACUGACAAAGAAGAGAAGACUCAGUGGCCAGCACGAUACUUCAAAUCCUGAAGAAGAAACGAACUUCUCUAAUCAGAAGGAGGCAUUAUAUCUUUCUGUAGCCCAGAAUGAAGAAAAACAUAGCAGCAAUAAAGGAACCAUCAAAAGACACUGGGAAUAUUUCUGUCAGCACAGUAGAACAAUGAAAAUCUUUGAAAAUAAAGAAACUGACCAAAGCAACACAGAAAGUGAGGCAAAAUUUGACUUUACAGUCAUGUCCUACAAUAUCCUCUCACAGAAUUUGUUAGAAGAUAACUCCCACCUGUACAAACACUGCAGGCAACGCUUGUUAAUCUGGACGUACAGAUUUCCCAACAUCCUACAAGAAAUCAAACAGCUGGAUGCGGAUGUACUCUGUUUACAAGAAGUCCAAGAAGACCACUAUAGAACAGAGAUCAAGUCAAGUUUGGAAUCUCUGGGGUAUCACUGUGAGUAUAAAAUGAGGACGGGGAGAAAACCUGAUGGCUGUGCUAUUUGCUUCAAAACUUCCAAAUUUAGCCUGAUCUCAUCAAACCCCGUGGAAUUUUUUCGCCGUGAUAUUCCACUUUUGGACAGGGACAACGUUGGACUGGUGUUACUUUUGCAGCCUAAAUUUCAUUGUAAAACUAAUGCUGCAAUCUGUAUAGCCAAUACACAUCUGCUGUAUAACCCAAGGCGAGGGGACAUCAAACUGACCCAACUUGCAAUGCUCCUGGCAGAGAUUGCUAGUGUUGCCCCUCAGAAGGAUGGUACCUUCUGUCCAAUUAUCAUCUGUGGUGACUUCAAUUCUGUUCCUGGUUCUCCAUUGUACAGAUUUAUAAAGGAAGGAAAGUUAAAUUAUGAAGGACUUGCUAUAGGAAAGGUCUCUGGACAAGAACAGUUUCCAAGGGGGCAAAGAAUCUUAUCUAUACCUAUUUGGCCAAAAAAAUUGGGUAUUUCGCAAAACUGUGUAUAUGAAAUAAAACAGCAACAAAAAGAAGAAAAUGCAGGAGAAAAAUUGGAAGCAGCAAAACUGGAGAACGCUCAGGAGGUUGUAAUAGCAUCUGAAAAGUUGUCUUCAAAAUUGCAGCACCAUUUUAAAUUGUCUUCAGUCUAUUCUCAUUACUUUCCUGAAACUGGGAUACCAGAAGUAACAACUUGUCACUCCCGGAGUGCUGUCACUGUGGAUUAUAUCUUCUAUUCUGCAGCCAACGAUGAUACUACUGCCCAGCCAGGAGCAGAGGAUUCUUUUCAUGGAGGUCUGAAACUUCUUGGCAGGCUGGCACUUCUAACGGAGAAAGAUCUUUGGACUGUUAAUGGUCUUCCCAAUGAAAAGAAUUCUUCUGACCACCUGCCAUUGCUAGCAGAGUUCAGGCUUAUUGAACGGUAAUAUCCAAAGGACUUUUUGUGUAGGUAGUUAUCUUCACCUUCUCUUUUCAUGUGAUUAUUGUUAUUUUUUUAAAGGUUAAUUCAAGCACUGCUGGUCUGGUUUAAAUAAGUUUGCCUGCAUGCUGAUUUGUUAGUGUUGUGUAAAGUAGACUUUUUAAAGAGACUUUUUUUUUAAACGUUUAAAUUACUUUAUGAAGUCUUUAAGGCAAAAAGAAAAGAUUUUACAUUAGCUUCCUCUUUGAUAAUGGAAAACAUCUGUGCCAGUCUCAAUGGCAUUAUUUUUCAUGGAGAUGCUGUAAAUGGUUUUUAUUGUAAAUCAUAGUAAAAACUGUUUAUUCUCUGA